GUUUUUCCCACGUUUUUUUGUUAAAGGCCGAUUUUCAUACAGAAUCCUUUCGUUUACAAUUUUUUUACCCUCCCAAAACACCAAUAGCGCAUUAUUCAUGGCGGUUGAUCCACCAUCACCACCCGAUGGCGCAACCAAAAGCACAUCACCUGAACCAACAACCAACACCACGCUUUCUGGACCCAUUCCACAGAAACGAAGCUUGUUGGCAGAGAGUUUGAGUGCGAGUCCAACGGUGGGGAAAAGGAGUAGUUAUGGGUCAAUGUCAAAAACGGUGGGUGGGUUCUUGCAUCCCGCGCUUCCACCUCCAUCAUCAUUUUCCUCUGCGGGGAGUUCGUCUCCACCCAAAUCCACUCCUCUUAGCCGCUCCCUCCCGCGUUCCAUCCCCGCCGUCAUCGGAACCCCCUUGGCCAGAUCCCAAGCCAGUGCACACGGGAUCACAAUGAUGAGAGGCCGAAGCGGUGGAUCAGGUUUGAAUCCAAUGUAUGGAACGCCGCGGUCGUUUUCGCCUAGUCCGGCUCGCAGUCGAACAUCAUAUCGAGAUGAGGAUGAGGAUGGUCUGACGGAUUCGGAUGUUGCGAGGUUGGUUUCGGAGCAUUUGGUUUUGCCUGAGGAUGGGGCGCUUUCGUCUUCGCCUGGGUCUUUUGUUGGGUCGGUUUCGCAUGGGUUGCUUGGUGGCGAGGUCACGCGCGAUAUUUACCAAUGGCAAGAAAAGCAUGGUUCCUCCCACCGUCGCCGAAACUCUGAACCCGAUAUUCGCUCCGUACAAGCGAUUGAUGAGGACGUUCCUCGUGCAUCCGAACUCCGCGAACCUGGCGUCUUUCGUCGACAUUUUGUGCACGCACAAGCCGAACGACAAGGUAAACCCCCACCCAACGCCCUCACGCGCAAUUUCCUGGAUUUCCUUGCCUUGUAUGGAUUCUAUGGUGGAGAUGUCUAUCCUGAGGAUGUAGACGAGGAUGACGAGCCCGGGUUGAUGGAACCAGAUGUGGAAGAAGAGGCGGGUGAGAAUGAACCGCUCAUACAACGAUCGAGGACUCCAUCUAUUGCUGCUGUACAUGGCACGUCGGCCAAAAAAGCCUUUUUUAUGGUCCUCAAAGCCUUUGUCGGGACAGGGGUUCUGUUUUUACCAAAAGCAUUUGCGAAUGGCGGUAUGGCGUUUUCGCUCGUGACGUUGGUGGUGAUUGGGUUUUUGACUUUGCACUGCAUGCUCUUGUUGGUGGAAACAAGCCGGAUAUUGGGUGGAUCGUUUGGUGAUAUUGGGGAACACUUGUAUGGCCAAAAGAUGCGACAACUUGUUUUAGGGUCAAUUGCGAUUUCACAGGCGGGCUUUUGUUGUGCAUACUAUAUUUUCGUUGCGCAGAACCUUCGAGACUUUUUGAUGAUUGUGUCAGAUUGUCAACUGAUAUGGCCGGAUUGGGCUUUUAUUAUCAUUCAACUGGUUGUCUACGUCCCGUUAUCGUGGGUGCGCCGCAUCAAGCACUUUUCUAUAACGUCUCUGAUUGCCGACGUGUUUAUCCUCCUUGGAUUGGCCUACAUUCUCUAUCACGACGUUUUUGUGGUCUCGACACGUGGACCCGCGAAGGAUCUCGUGUGGUUCAACAGUCAGUCGUUCCCGUUGUUUGUCGGUACGGCCAUGUUUGCGUUCGAGGGGAUUUGUCUUAUUCUCCCCAUUGGCGAAUCCAUGAAGAAACCAGAGCGAUUUGGAAUGGUCUUGACGUGGUGUACUGUCGUCAUUGGUGCCAUUUUCAUUUCUGUGGGAGCUAUGGGGUACCUCACCUUUGGAUCCAAAGUCGAGACGGUGGUGUUUUUGAACCUACCCAAAGGCCCGCAUACCCAAAUGUUGCAAUUCUUUUACGCGGUGGCGAUCAUGCUUUCGUUUCCUUUGACUGUGUACCCGACGAUUCGCAUUACCGAGCACGGACUCUUUGGUUUACGCGACGGGAAACACUCUACGCUCGUCAAAUGGCAGAAAAAUCUCUACAGAGCCUUUUUGAUGCUCUGUCUAGGCGGUGUCGCAUGGCUCGGCAGCAACAACCUCGAUAAAUUUGUCAGUCUUGUCGGAUGUUUUGCGUGUAUACCCCUCAGUUUCAUCUAUCCCAGCUUGUUCCAUUCGCAUAUUGCUCAGAGCAAAUGGGUCCGAAUGAAGGAUAUGGGGUUGGUGGUGUUUGGGAUGGCUGCUAUGCUUUAUACGACGUGGAUUACGCUUGAGCAGUGGGCGAUAGGUGAGCCGGAUGUUCCGGUGGAUCGGUGUCAUGUUAUUCCUGAUGUCCCUGGUGGAAGGUUUUGAAAAAAAAAAGGUUUUGGACAGUGGGGUAAAACGUCAUGAGGGAGAGAGCAUGACCCUAGGGCAUAUUUAGAAGCAUUUUGCAUUUUGGUUUUUUUUAUACACAUUUGUUCCUGGUGGACGAUUUUAAAAAACAAUUCUAUGGGGAA